AAAACCAAUUCAAAACACUAGCAACUGGGAUCUAAACAUGACUAGUUGGCGUAGUCUGAUCGAUGAAGCUUUAUCGGACGAGGGAAUCAUUGAUAAAAUAAAGUCCUUCAUUCAUAGAGGGGACGUUGAUAUGACCAGACUAACAAAGUUUGAGCUACUGGAAAUGCUAAGGUCUAAGGGUGUAAUUGACAUGCUGGUUUCUCAAAUAAAGUCUAAAGAGCAGUCCAAGAUUUUCUCCAGAGGUCAUGAUAGUUCUGUGGGUACAUACGAAGAUCCUAGAAGAUGUAUGUCAAUCAAUACGAGUUCCACUGCAGUAUUAGUAGUGGAUGUUCUGCAGGGGAGAGCGUUUACGAGUCACCUCCAGACAUAUGAAGACAUACAAAUUGAGGAAUUUAAGUGCUCCGACAUCAGUUUGCAACUACAUAUUGCUUACAAGGACUGUAGAUUUUCCAGCAAGUUAUUCCAGUGCACAACGGAGCCCAUUAUCAAUCAGAUCUUUUGUUUUGAGCUUAUUUCUGGAUACCUUAGCAAGGGACGAGAUGUGACCCUUGAAGAUUUGCUGUUCGAUAAACCAGUUUCUUUUGUACAAAUCGUAAUCACAUCGAACGUAUUAUCAACUGGAAAACGAGGUUUGAUCUCAUCAACCUACUUUGACUGGCGUCCAUAUUUCAUGGGCAAUUCUAAAUGUAAAGAAGUAAACUUAAACCACUGGACUAAUACCGUAUCCAUAGAACUACAAAGCACCGAUCCAGACUGUAAUGUACCUGCGGGUGUUCUUGAUUUACGUCUUUCUUUAAUAUGUCCUAAUGCAUCUAUCAAUACGAAAUGGUCUGAUCCAGUAAAGCAGACAUUUGAUUCAAAUGCACCUGGUGUAAUUAAUCAUCAAACUUGUAAAUUAAAACAACUAUCACCCUCACUUAUUCAAGCGCAUUUUCAAUUAGAAUUAAAUCGAUCAUUUGAAAGGGAAAACACGUUCACUAAUUAUGUUCGUCAAUGGUGGCGUGAAUUAACACAAUUGCGUGAAGGAUUCUUUUCUGAACGUCUUAUUAAAAUAUUUGCAGCUGAUGAAAAUGGACGUACACAAUUUGUGUGUAACUUCGUAAAUCCACUCAGUGCAAGUCAUAUUCUUGAAACCCCAUAUAUAGCCGCACGCUUCGUUUCAAGUAUACCCUAUGAACCCUUUUACGGCGUCGGGGUUGGGAUAAAAGAACGUUGGUGUUCUGGACUGGCUUUUGUUUCUUCAAACUCUGGAGAUGUAGCAGAUCAUGCAAACCUUUUAUGUUCUCUACUAUUGGGUUAUGGAGUUGAAGCAUACGUUGCUUUAGGCACAAGUCAAUUCAAUAUGAAUAAGCAGCAAAUGACUACUUCCUCACAUUUAUAUGCAUGGGUCGUUGUUUGUUCUGACGAUUAUCAACGAAUCACAUUUUGGGAUAGUAUAACUGGUCGUUGUUAUAUUCAUACAACUGGUGGUUGCGAACAAAAAAUCUAUCCUUCUCCAUUCUAUACCAUUGGAUGUUUAUACAAUAACAGUUCAUUUUUGCCAAUAUUCAACCAACUGAUAAAGUAGUAAACUGUCUUUUUAAUUUAAAGAAUUCAUGUCAAUGGCGUCCUAUGUCAUUUGAAGUCAUUCAAACAGUACAUAAUUACUCAAGUUUAUACCUUAGAAAAUUGAAUCCUGCCAUUCAAUCUAUAGAUGAGAUUACUGUACAAUGUCAUGAAUCCUUACGUCGUUUAGCCGAUAGUUGGCGUAUGGAAAAAUUAAGAUGUAAUAAUCAUAUUACAUGGAAAUGGGAUAAUAAACUAGAACAAUUAUUAUUACCUUUGAUUGCUAAAUAUGAAGCAGAUCAAAAAAAUUUAUCAAAUUAUGAUGAUAAUGAUAACGUUGUACAAAUACAUGAGGUAUUAGAGAAUGAUUUGAUUAUGUCACCAAUUCAUCGUCAUAUACCUAAAGAUUUUACAUUCAAAUCUUAUCCAGUCCAGCUAUCCCAUUGUAAUCCUCAAAGAAUAUUACGAAGUUGUUUACGUUCCCAAUUAUGUCGGGAUAUACUAAGCUGUCGUGGUGAUCAUGUUCAACUUGCCUUAGGUUUACGCAUUAUUACAUAUGCUGAAAAUGCAAUGAUUACAUGGGUUAUAUUUGCAUGUUCAUAUAAAUCUGUAAUAUAAAUUCAAUCAUAACCCUUUUUCAAGAGAUGACGAAUUAUUUGCUUGAAGUAACCAAUUUCUGAAAAGAUAUUUUGAUUCAUUUAGGACUUAAUAAUUUAUAAAUAUCUUUAUGUUCGUAUUUACAAAGAGUACUCAUGUUAAACCCUUUAGUUCGUUGUAAAAAACGCCCUUGUUCAUAAUGCACAUGUGAUUGUUAAUGGAUUGAUAAUUCUUUAUAUCCAUAAUGUUUUUUUACACUUGAACUCCUGUGGUUAUACUAAUUUUUCUCCCAAUUGUUCAUAUCCGUUUAACUUGAGACUUUCUGAAGGGAAUGAAAAAUCAGUGUUUGAAUUUUUGUAAAUUGUUUUUUUUUUAAAUUUAGAACUCACCAAUUGUAAUUUGUAAUGAUUUGGAUUAUUCCGUUGUUGACAUUUUGACUGGAAUUGAUCAGUCUUGGUUGACAUGUAGAUCGCCUUGAUAUAGCCAUUAUGAUAUAAACUUAUUUACAGUAUAGAAAAUGUGGCUUCGAGUCCCGG